UCAGACAAAUUAUACAUGGACCGAGCCGGCCCGGUGGGUGGAUGGUAGUGUGAGCUUGAAUAUAAGAUCCGGCCCGACCCAGUAGCCCGAUAAUACUCCCUUAAAAACCCGAGAAACCCAUACUUCACUCUGUCCAGUCGCUACACUCUCACACACCAGACAUACAUUUGCACAACGAUGGCGACAUUGAGGAACUUGAACAUAAAGACAUUGACAUGCAAGAGGAUUGUGAAAGAGCUUCACUCCUACGAGAAAGAGGUUGAAAAAGAGUCUGCUAAAACUGCCGAGAUGAAGGCAAAAGGCGCUGAUCCAUAUGAUCUCAAACAGCAGGAAAAUGUGCUGUCUGAAUCUAGGAUGAUGGUUCCCGACUGCCGCAAGCGUCUAGAGGCUGCUCUAAGUGAUCUUAAAGCCACUUUGGUUGAGGUGGAGGAGUCUGGCCAAAAGGAUGGCUCGGAGACUGGUGAUGCUCGGAGCACCAUUACAGACAUUGAACGGAUAUUUCAAUCGUCCGAUGCUUAGCCGUGUGGAUUGUGGUAAAUGUAUGUGGCGACUAAUGUGAGAGUUGAUAAUUUGUGAAUUGAAAUGAUUGUGAAUUUGUGAUGGAGAUAUGAAAGCACUGGUGUCCUGUUUUGACUC